AAUCAGAUUUUUCUCUUCGUUUUCUUUUUUAGAAAUUGGUCUAUCAAAGUUGGAACAGACGAUUUAUGUUUCUUGAUUUUUGUUUCCAUUGAAUUUUGCGAGUUUUGAUGAUGAACAGGUUUGACUCAAAAAGCUAUAGAGGAAGGAGCUAAUCUAAUUUAUCAGAAAUGCCGUGUUUAUAUACGCAAGAUUGGAAUUUCACUGGUCUCGUAGGAGCCUUUCUGAAUCUCUCCGUGGCUUAUCUGCUUCUAUGUACAUCUCUUUGUAUACAUCUCUUGUUGAGAUUCCUAGGGUUUCUAGGUUUACCUCUUCCAAGAUUUCACAACGGACGUUUCUGCGAUGCAAACAUUAUGAGGAAAUGCCUGGUGGAUUGUGCCUCAGAGAAAAUCUCAGCCGUAGACCGAUCUAUCAAAAGCAAGAUCCCUUUUGGUUCGAUCACUAGCGACGAUGAUUCGAACAAGUUUGUCGAGUUGAAGCUGGUGAGAAAGAACAGUGGUGAUGUAAGUAACGCUAGAGUUAAAGCUGAAACAGAGGAUUCGUCAAGAGAAGAACAAAACGUGAUGAACAACAACAAGGAACUUGGUAGGUUUGAUCUGAUGACCGUUCAGGGUUUGAAAGGCAAGCGUUUUGUUACUCGAAAAUCAAGAAACAGUCUUAAAAACCAUAGGAGAGGUCGUGUGAAUUGUGCAAGUCUUUCAUCGAUUUCUUCACCAGAAGCUUUUGAUGAUCCCACCGUAAAAUCCCAUUUGACGACGAAUCCUUAUAAUGUCUUUCUCACAGCUAAAGAUGAGAGAUGUUCCAGUGAUGACCGCAAAGGUUUUAUCUCUCACUGGCCAAAAUUGGAAAAAACUGAGUCAUUUAAUGAACAGGUAAACUCCAAUAUUUCAUCAGCAGAACAAUCUUUUUUCAGAAACGCAGAGGAAAACUCUGUUAGGGUUUUGGAAGAAUCAUUGAAAGAAGAGCGAGCAGCUCGAGCAGCUGUUUGUGUUGAGCUCGACAAAGAGAGAAGCGCUGCAGCAUCAGCAGCGGAUGAAGCGAUGGCGAUGAUACAUAGGCUGCAAGACGAGAAGGCAGCUGUAGAAAUGGAAGCGAGGCAGUUCCAGAGAAUGGUUGAAGAGAAAUCGACUUUUGAUGCUGAAGAGAUGGUCAUACUCAAAGACAUUUUGAUACGGCGUGAGAGGGAAAAACAUUUCUUGGAGAAAGAAGUUGAAGCUUAUAGACAUCUACUCGUGGAGACAGAGGACGCAUUAGAAUGUUCUUUAAAUACAAGAGAUAAUAAUCUUACAACUGCAAAGACGGUGAAACAGGAACAUAGACAACAUCAAGACUCUCAAGAGAGAAGAGCUUUGCUCGUUCAAGAACUCGAUGGAACGGUUAUUGAUAUGCCUUAUAGAGAAGAAGCUGAAAACAGAGAUAAAAACAGAGAUCUGUAUAAAUCAGAUUCAGAAGUCGCCUACUCACGUGUGCGUGAUGUUUAUAUGGUGAAGGACGAAACAGAGAACAUUAGUAAUAAGAAGAAGAAUCUUGAAGACUCCUCUGUUAGCAAACCUAAAGAAUCAUCGGAGGAAAACAGUACUAUGAUUGUCUCGGGUAUUGCUAGAAAGCUUCCUCCAUUAUGUCGUCCACGCAAGAAAUCGCUGAGCUCUUCGGGUUCAAGGAGAAAAUCAAUGUCUGCGGUUGAUUACGAGAGGUUAAAGAUUGAGAAUGAAGUGGAAUUGUUGAGAGAAAGAUUAAAGGCUGUUCAAGAGGAAAGAGCGGAGCUUACGAGACGAGCAUCUUUGCCUUCUUUAUCAUCAAAGGUUAGGGUUACGUCAGAGAAGCGAGGUAAUUGGAGAAGAUCUUCGAUGGAUCUUCACUCUUCUUGAAACUUUUAAACUCUAUGUUAUGUACGUAGAAGAAACUUCGAUAGGAUACAAGAUAGGUUAUCAGUUACGGGUUUACCGUUAACAGAAUUGGAGCCAUCUGAAUCGAGAAAAGCUUGGAU